AUGGUGUGGGCCGGAGUCUCGUGGAACGGUAAGACGAAGCUGCUGUUCGUGGAGCCUGGGUUGAAGAUUAAUGCUGAGUACUACGUCCAGCAGCUCAGAGAAGGCAUUCUGCCGUCAUGUAGCCGCCUUUAUCGUGACGGAAGCUUUGUGCUACAACAGGACUGGGCACCGGCCCAUGCAUCUCGGAAAACUCUCGCCUUUCUGGAUUCAGUGGGCGUCGAAUAUCUUAAGAAGACAGAAUAUCCGAGUGCUCUCCUGAUCUCAACCCGCUUGAUUACAGGGUGUGGGCUGAACUCAACAGAAUUGUCCACGAUGGUCAAGUAG